GCCUAUCUGUUAACGUUACCAGGUGAACUAGCUUAACCACGACCAGUUGGCUGUUUAGCUACUUAACUUACCCUACAUAAUUUACCCCUGUCCUGUAAUGUUACCGUGUGGUCGCAUACAACGACAAACAUCCGUUCAAGGUUCAGGUAUAUGUGUAUGUCACUUGUGAUGUCUCAAAUACUUACCCAUAUACUUAGAGACAACUUGAGUGAGGAUGUUAGCUACAAUUUUUCCUCGCAGCCCUCUCCAGCUAAGACCAAUAUGGCGACGCUCUGUCAAAAGGUUGUUACCAAUAAUCGUCACAUCCGGUGCACGGCUUGAAAACACGAACAAAACAUGAAUGGAAAGUGAAAAGGAAAAAGCCUAGGACAAUUUUAUAGAGUGCUUCUUUUAUUGUGGGCUAGGUCUUGAGGUCAUCAUGCCGAUUUGUGAGAUCUGCAGCGAGGACGUCGCAUCUGAGGCAGAGAUGAGGACGCACCUUCUUCUCAUUCACCUGGAGAAUGAAAUGCCCUGUCCUUUCUGCUCCCUGUCCGGCGUGUCAUACGAUGAACUCAGCUUACACAUCAACACUGCUCACGCAGAGAUGCCCAGCACGUCCUCAGUGGAGGGCAGCGUGACCCACCGUGGUCCAGCUUGCACUGAAAACAGAGGAAAGCGACGAACUGUGACUAGGAAAGAGAGACAUUGGGCAGAAAGUCUACCUCCUGGAACUCCAUCCAUUCAGACGCUAAUGCCAGUUGCAGAGAGUAGCGCAGAUGCUUCAGUAGGAUCAGUGUGUGGUGCAAACAGUAGGCCUACUACACACAGCCCUGAGAGUGGCACACACACUAAGAACACCAAGGAGAGGCAAGAGAGUUUAGAAGAGCAUGUCGCCUUGAAACAGAAGCGUCUGUCCUCUCCCUUGAAAGAAAAGCUGUUCCCUUGUCCAAUGUGCUCCCUUGUGUGUCGAGACGGCUUAAUUUUGCAGGAACAUGUGGAGUUGCACCUGCAGGAGCAGACCAUAAAUGAAGGGGCUGAAACAGAUGAAGUGGCAUCAGCUUCUUCUAUGAACACAGGGGCGAAUCGCUACGGGUGCCCGUUUUGCUCCCUGUCCUUCCCCGACGGCUUGUCUUUGCAGGAACAUGUAGAGCUUCACCUGGAGAAUGGUGCAGCUACAGGAGAAGAGAGAUCUUCGUCAGACCUAACGCUGGCCAGGCAGCUCCAGGAGGAGGAGGAAGAGAAGCGAAAGCAGCAGGAGGCUAAACGCGAGGCGGAGGAGUUCAAGAAGCUGCAGAAACAGUUUGGUAUGGAUGGUAGUGGCGGUUAUCGUAAACAGAUUGAGCGGAACAUGGAGAGGGCCGUUUCCCGUGGUAACAUGGUCCCCACAGAGUUCCACAGAAAACGGGCGGAGCUGAUGGAAAGCCUGGCCACAGGCAUGGAUGAUGGGAAAACCAGAACGCCAGGUUUGAUGGGGGCGUUGUGUGACUACUUCCGGCGGGAGCCUCGGGACACGGCCCAUGUGUGGCUCAGUGCAGACACAGACCACUACUCCUCCUCCGCGGGAGACAAGGGCUGGGGCUGUGGCUACAGAAACUUCCAGAUGCUCCUGUCCUCCCUCCACAAGCAGGAGCCAUACAAUAACGUCUUAUCUGAUAUCCCCAUCCCCAACAUCCCUCGGGUGCAGGCCCUGAUCGAAGAGGCCUGGAAGCAGGGAGUGGACCCUGCAGGGGCAUCCCACUACAACAACCGGAUCCAGGGCACCCGGGCCUGGGUUGGUACCACAGAGAUCUACUCGCUCUUUACCUCUCUCAGUGCCAAUGCUCGUGUUGUGGACUUCCACAAGGCCACAGGUCAGGGAGGAACGCAUCCACACCUGUUCGACUGGGUCAAGCAGUACUUCUCCCAAUCGGCCACCCGAAACGGCAGACUAUCUCCUAGGGUGGUGCAGACUUCUCUGCCCCCCAUCUACCUCCAGCACCAAGGCCACAGUCGGUCUGUGGUGGGGCUGGAGCAGAAGAGGAACGGCAGCCUGUGUCUGCUGCUCUUUGACCCCGGGUGCUCCCCCUCUGAGAUGGCCAGGCUGCUGGAGCAAGACACGGCCGUCGUCACCAUCGCCAUCCGCCGCAUGAGGAAGUUCCCCAACCACCUGAAGCACCAGCAGUACCAGGUGCUGGUGGUGGAGGGCCUGCUCACACCAGAGCAGAAACAGAGGCAGAUUGCCAAUUCAAGAACAUUUCAGGCUGAACGAAUUCCAUGAAGGAAUUCCAAUUCCAUGUUUGCAGGAAAUACCCAUCCUGUGGACCACUCAGGUUUAUGUGGAUUUUGUUUGUGGUUUUGUGGUUUUAGUAUUUCAGUAUCAAAUAAUAAAUUAUGACUUUUUAGUA